AUGAGCGAAGCUAUGGAAGAGCGACCAACGAAGAGGCUAAAGAUCUCGGGUGACGAAGUUCUGUCAACUUUUUCGGAUCCGGCAGUCAUUGCUGUCAUAGAGAGGGAGCAGAAACUCGGAAUUUCGGCCUGUGUCACAGAACAGCUGACGCCUGUCACUGGUGUUGUCAAGCAGCGGUAUACUGACUUCCUCGUCAAUGAAGUAACUCCCGAUGGAAAUGUGUUGCAUCUGCAGAAGACCACUUAUGACCGAGCGGGCCAGAACACGAAGACUCAAAAUGGUACAGCCUCAAAUGAUCCCGGGCCAAAGGCCAGCAAUGGCGACGAGAACGAAGCCACUCCUACAGAAACGACGGACAGUGAUGACACGUCGACACAAUCCGCCAUCUCAGCCGAAGACCGCAAGAAACUCGUUGGCUAUCUAGGUGAGACUGCUGUUGGAGAGAUCCUAGCCCUGUUUGCUUCGAUCAAAGAGCAUCCCAAGAAACGAUCACGAGACCAUCCAAUCGUCAACACGCCUUUCACUUCAGAUCGUAUGGUGCGAACAGAGAUCCACCAGGCCAUAAGGAAUAUAUUUCAUUCAAGGAUUGACUCCUCUACGAACAAAGAUGGCCUACUUGUGCUCUCUGCGGCCAAUCCAAAUUUUCGCAACAAUCAUCAAUCACGAGUAGGGAAGCUGUCAUGGAUCGAGCGAGGUGGCGAGCACUGCCACUUUACCUUGUACAAGGAGAUGAAGGACACGAUGGAGAGCCUUUCUUUCCUCGCAUACCUCCUCAAGAAGAAUGCUCGAGACUUCCAGAUCGCCGGCACGAAAGAUCGACGAGCUGCGACCGUUCAGCGUGUUAGUGUCUGGCGUGUCGAGGCUGAGAGAUUAGCCGCUUUGAACAAGAACCCAACGAUGAGGAAUGCUACACUGGGAGACUUCGAGUAUCAUCCUUCCGGCCUUCAGCUUGGCGACCUUUCCGGAAAUGAGUUCACAAUCACCGUUCGUGAUGUGCAGCUCGUGGGUGGCAAGACAGAUGAUGUCUCUCGAGUUCAGGCAGCUCUCGAAGCCUCCUUGUCAAGCCUACAAACCAAUGGCUUCCUCAACUACUACGGCCUCCAACGCUUCGGCACUUUCGCAAUCAGCUCCGACGUUCUCGGCCUUCAAAUCCUCAAAGGCGACUUCGAGGCCGCGUGCAACUCCAUUCUCGACUACAAUGCAGCUUCGUUAGCGGACGGAGCUGAUGUAGGCCGCGACGACCGUGAUCGUGCCCGAGCGAUAAAGAUAUUCCGCGACACGAAUUCGAUGCGCGACGCCAUGGACGUCAUGCCCAAGCGCUGGUCCGCCGAGUCGUCUAUCAUUCGUGCUUUAGGCCGCAACCCCAACGAUCACCUUGGAGCGCUCAUGACCUUACAGCGAAACAUGCGCCAAAUGUACGUCCACGCCUACCAGUCCCUGAUAUGGAACAAGGCCGCCACGAACAGAUGGAAGGUGUACGGCAACAAAGUCAUGGAAGGCGAUCUCGUGCUCGUCACCGAACACAAAGACAAAGAUACCAGCUCCACGUCGAUCGCUGACGGCCCAUCUGAGGGCAUCGAUCCUGAAGGUGAGGUGAUUAUUCAUCCCGCAGGCGACGACCGCGCCCGAAGUCAACACCCUGCCAACAAGAAUGAUGCGUUUGAACGCGCCCGCCCUCUUACAGCCACGGAAGCCUCCAGCGGUGCCUACUCGAUCUUCGACAUUGUCCUCCCACUACCUGGCUUCGACAUCAUCUAUCCCGAGAAUGCCAGUGGAGGUGAGUUCUACAAGCAAGUUAUGGGAGAAGACGGACUGGAUCCAUAUGACAUGCGCCGCUCGCAGAAGGACUUCAGCCUCAGCGGAAGCUACCGGAAGGUGAUGGCGAGGAUUGCGAAGAGCUAUACCGUGGACGUGAGGACGUACACGGACGACAAUGAGCAAUUCGUUGACACAGAUCGUGAGAAGUUGUUUGGGCGCAGGGAGGACGGGAGAAAGAAGAACGUUGAGGCUGGCGAGGAGGCCGGUCAGCAGGAAAGCGACACUCAGCAGAACGCGCAAAGUGCUGAGAUCAGUGAAGACAAGGAGGUGAAAAGAAUGAAGACUGCAGCGAUACUCAAAUUGCAGUUGGGCACGAGCCAGUAUGCUACGAUGGCGCUGCGCGAGAUCUCCAGAGGCGGGCUGGUGGAAUACAAGCCUGGAUUCUCUGGCGGUCGGUGA